UUGUCAUCUGAACGUAGGAAUAAUCUGUGACUGAAACGCCGUUCUGAGAAAGCUGCCUCAGCUUUCGCGAGGUAGUCGCGCUCAACGAUGACAGUAGACUUCCCGGCGACUUUGAACGGAUUUCGUCGUAACAUGCCUCGUAACGGUCUCAAACGCGGACGUUCGUCUUCUGACGACGAACCGACGCGGUCCGGAAAGUACGACAGUGGUUACGCAGCUUCUGGACAUGACCGAAGUGAUCGAUCAAGCAGACGAAAACGAAGAGAUCUCCGGAAAAACCGAGACUCAAUCGGCAGCGACGAGGAAGAAUCCGUGCACGGCGUCAGGGACCACGAAUACGCCCGCCGCCGUCGUCCAGAAGCACCUCCGCCCCCUCAGUCGUCCAGCAGCAGUGCACGGCGCCACGACCGCCAACACCGUCACGAACACCGCUCGUCGAAACGGCGCCCGAAAGCUCGGUAUCCAUCGUAUAGUACGUCCCGGUCUCCGAAGGUGAGUCGCCCACCUGUGGCCCACAUUCCUAUUGCCCGCCUUCCUCCGACCCUUCCCCAGAUUAUUCUUUUUUAUACCCCGUUUGCCCUUUCGUCACCCGCUUUUCGGAGGCUUGAAAGAAAUCUGUAUGAAUCCGAUUGCGAGUUGGACGAGAGAGCAACGGGCCAAGUCCCCGUCCAGAAUAAAUCGUGUGUGAAGGCAGCCACCUCUGGCUUGUGUGAGGAAGCCGAGGGGGCGGCCGGAACCCCGUUAGGGCGCCACUGCAACUGUGUCGUGUCUCUUGGUUGUUCUCUUCUCGUUGGGCCCCGGAUGUAA